AUGCCGAACGUCUUUGCAGUCCCAGUCUUCUUCAUUUGCUUCCGCGAGUGUCUGGAAACAAGCAUUAUUGUUUCCGUCCUUCUCGCUUUCCUCAAGCAAACGCUGGGGCCGUCGCAGGACGCCGCUGUGUACAAGCGGCUCGUGCGCCAGGUGUGGUAUGGCGUGGGGGCAGGCGUGAUAAUCUGCCUCAUCAUCUGCGCUGGUGUGAUAGCGACUUUCUACACGGCGGGAAAGAAUACGUUUGAGACGGCCGAGAACAUCUGGGAAGGCGUGUUUGGCAUCCUAGCCAGUGUCAUCAUCACGUUGAUGGGCGCUGCUUUGCUCCGCAUCAGCAAACUCCAGGACAAAUGGCGAGUCAAGAUAUCCAAGGUGCUCGAGCAAAAGGACCUCAACCUGCCGGUCAAGGGGAAGCUGAAGCGAUGGACGGAGAAGUAUGCCAUGUUCAUCUUGCCGUUUAUUACGGUGCUUCGUGAAGGUAUCGAAGCGGUGCUGUUCAUUGCGGGUGUCAGUCUCAGCGCUCCAGCAACAAGCUUUCCCCUUGCCGUCAUUUGCGGGCUGGGUGCAGGUGCGCUGGUGGGAUUCUUCAUCUACAAGGGUGGUAACAAGACUUCGCUGCAGAUCUUCCUCGUGGUGUCCACGUGCUUUCUUUACCUUGUGGCGGCGGGCCUCUUCUCCAAGGGAGUGUGGAAUCUCGAGCAGAAUGCCUGGGUCAAGCUGGCCGGAGAGGGCGCUGCCGAGGCUGGUUCAGGCCCUGGUAGCUACGACAUCAGGAACAGCGUGUGGCAUGUAAACUGUUGUUCUCCGCUCGAAAAUGGCAGUGGCGGCUGGGGUAUCUUCAACUCGCUGCUCGGGUGGCAGAACAGCGCAACGUACGGAUCCGUCAUCUCGUACAACGUGUACUGGCUUGCAGUGAUUCUCGGCUUCGUCUUCAUGGGGCUGAGAGAGCGCAAGGGCAGCGCCUCGCACAAUGGCGAGAUGGAAAGCGACACGUCGAGCGAGCAGCGCGAGACGGCACAGGCGAGCAAGAUUGCCGACGAGGGCAUGGGCGUCAACACGGCGGUGAGGGAGGUCAAGUAA